UUCGAGCCAAAGGAGAUAGCACUGUCAGCAUCAAAUUCCGAGAACCAAGGGGUGUGUUUCCAGACUUGUUUAGCAAAAUCACAAUGGAAGAAUAGAUGGAGUGUUGUUUCUUGGGAUCCGCAUCUGACGCAGAUGGUGUUUGAUAAUACCUCUCUUCUUUGGAGGUUAUCUUCCGUGGGAAUGACGUUUUGGAGAACUUUCCAGAGGAAGAGUUGAAUCUUAGGGAGUAGGUGCGUAUUCCAGACUGAUUUGAACCAGUUGAAGUCAUAUGGGAUGUUAGGGGUUCUAGGAGCCAGGCGUAGCCAUCUUCUGCCCUCGUAGUACUAGGAUGUAGGAGAAGAACCUCUUCCACCAGGUUGGGUCCGAUAGCACAAGCAGAGGUCGACACUGACAGCCAGGGGUCAUGCUAUAGCUUAAUGGAGUUCCCGUUUCCAAUGAUUUUACCAAGAUGUUGGAUGAUGACGUUUCUGCCUACAAUAAUUCCCCUCCAGCCGUGUGAUGCAGAGGUACUGCAAAACACCUUGAGGAAGGAUUCAGCGUGACAGUACUUUCUUAAUAGGAUUCGGGAGAGCAAGCAUUCAGGUCUUGUGAGAAGUUUCCAAGCAAGUUUGCCCAAUAAGGCCUUAUUGAAGUGUUGAAUGUCCAUAAAUCUGAGGCUGCCCAUGCUUUUUGGUUUGAGGUUGAUAGGGACAAGGAAGCAAGUCAUGGCGAAAGUUGAGAUUGCGGUUAAGACGGUUUUUAGCAGUGUGAGUUUGCCUGCUGGGGAGAGUUGAUGAGAGGAGUAACAGACAGCCCUCUGUUGGAUGCGAUCGACAAUAGACGCAAACAGAUCUCUUUUCUUCCUUCCAAACAGUUCAGGAUUUCUUUGAGAGGAAGGCAGCUUUGCUGGUUGGAGCGGACGAAGAACAUAGUAUCAUCAGCAAAUAGCAAAUGGUUGAUGCGUGGGCAUUUUGUUGCCACUCUGAUACCAAUCAUUGAGCCAUCACGUUGAGCCUCCUUGCAUAAACCAGAGAGGACUUCUCCACAGAUGAUGAAGACAUACGGCGAGAUGGGGUCACCUUGUCUGAUUCCAAGAUCUGACACAGUUCGGCCUCUAAAGCGAGUAAAGUUCUUAAUGCUCGAGUAGAUUCGAGUUUCCUAAUAACUCGAAGAAUAGGGCGUUUGUUUCGUAAGGAGAUUUCGAGGAUGAAAAGUGAGAGAGAAGAAGUCAAGAACGGUGGUGUUGAGGAGGAGGAAGAGAGAGAGCUGAAGCGGAAGAGAGAGAAGGAACGGCUCGAAGACGACGCCUUUAAGGGCCGCGGAAAGCAUUCGCGCCACGUCGAAGUUCGUCGCGAUUGCCCGUACCUCGAUACAGUCAACCGCCAGGUCUUGGAUUUUGAUUUCGAGAGGUUCUGCUCUGUCUCCUUGUCGAAUCUGAACGUGUACGCGUGUCUCGUCUGCGGGAAGUACUUCCAAGGGAGGAGCCAGAAGUCUCAUGCUUAUACGCAUAGCUUGGAGGCAGGGCACCACGUUUACAUCAAUCUUUUGACGGAGAAGGUGUAUUGUCUUCCUUAUAGUUAUGAGAUCAAUGACCCUUCUUUGGAUGACAUUCGACACGUCUUGAAUCCAAGGUUUAGUAGGGCACAAGUUGAGGAGCUUGAUAGGAAUAAGCAGUGGUCUAGGGCUCUUGAUGGCUCUGACUAUCUUCCCGGAAUGGUGGGGUUGAACAACAUACAGAAGACAGAGUUUGUGAAUGUUACAAUCCAGUCGUUGAUGAGAGUUACUCCUUUAAGGAACUUCUUCCUUAUCCCUGAGAACUAUCAGCACUGCAAGUCUCCUCUUGUUCACCGCUUUGGGGAACUCACUCGAAAGAUCUGGCAUGCUCGAAACUUUAAAGGACAGGUGAGUCCACAUGAGUUCUUGCAAGCUGUCAUGAAGGCCAGCAAGAAGCGGUUCAGGAUAGGCCAACAGUCAGAUCCGGUAGAGUUCAUGUCGUGGCUGCUCAACACUCUGCACAUGGAUCUUCGAACUUCAAAGGACGCCAGCAGUAUCAUCCAUCAGUGCUUCCAGGGGGAGUUGGAGGUUGUGAGAGAGUAUCAAGGCAAUGAAAACAAAGAAAUCUCCAGGAUGCCUUUUCUGAUGCUUGGGCUAGAUUUGCCACCGCCUCCUCUUUUCAAAGAUGUCAUGGAGAAAAACAUUAUUCCGCAGGUUGCUCUAUUCGAUUUAUUGAAGAAGUUUGAUGGAGAAACUGUGACAGAGGUGGUUCGCCCUAAGCUAGCGAGGAUGAGAUAUCGAGUAACCAAAUCUCCUCCUUACUUGAUGUUCCAUAUGGUUCGGUUCAAGAAGAAUAACUUCUUCAAGGAGAAAAAUCCUACCUUAGUUAACUUCCCGGUGAAGGACAUGGAGCUGAGAGAUUACAUACCAUCACUGCCUACUGCUGCAGAAGGCGAGAAGGUUUCUUCCAAGUACAACCUAAUCGCUAACAUUGUGCAUGAUGGUAAGCCUGAGGAUGGGUACUUCAGAGUCUUUGUGCAGCGCAAGUCACAAGAGCUAUGGUACGAGAUGCAGGAUUUGCAUGUUGCAGAAACACUUCCCCAAAUGGUAGAACUAUCGGAAGCAUACAUGCAGAUAUAUGAGCUGCAGGAGGAAUAGAGCUGCAGAUAACAAACUUACUCAUUGCUUUAAGUGUUAGUUUCCAGGUUUCUUCUUGGAUUGAGGACUGAGAUUAGAAACUUGCUUCACAGCUUUUUGGAGAUAAUCUUUGAUCAUCUUAAAUAUGCUAGAGAAAACGUGGAGUAGAUAUGGAUAUGCCAUGUUGAAGGGAAAACGAAAAUAUGAGUUUUGUCCCUUUGGGAACA